GCGGUACGCUUAGAGGAGUGCUUGUGUGGUUCGCGUAGACAAAUCCAUUCGCACAAUGGGGCUGAGCUAGUGGGCCAGUCAGUGAUGGCUCGCCGCCCGCACAUCUCUCUUGCUUUCGAUCGCUACUCACUGCUCAGCUCUCGCAGAAAGCGGACGUGUGUACUACCGACUCGUACUCCUGCCUGUGUUGUGAUCUCUAUCUUGUGAUAUUCUGCUAUCUGUUGUGAUAUUGUGCUGUUCCUCUUGUGAAUAUUUCUUGGUUUAUACCCGAUUAUCAACAUGCUUGCGACACGGACGCAACCCCUCAUGCAUACGGAGUAUUUACAGCCCAUGGACCCGCUUCCAACAACGUUGGAUGCGAAGAAGAGUCCAUUGGCCUUGCUCGCUCAGACAUGCAGCAGCAUCGGAAAGCCGGAUCCCCCUCCCAGGGACUCGAAUGAGAUGAAGACUGGACUAACUGCUCCACUCGACAUCGGCGGCAAGAAGUCCCCUGAGAAGGCAGCGACCACGAUCCACGAGCUCGACCGGUCAUCAUUCAAGCCCUACAAACAGAACGAGAAACGCGACGGGGAUGCCUAUGUGACGAAAAUCGCCGCCUUCGAGAAGGCAGCAUCGCGGGGAUCGCCUCUUAGCGUGAUCACCAGCACGGACUCGAAGCCGAUCGCCAGCGCGACCACCUUCACCUCGUCGCCGCCGUCGCCAACGAAAACGAGGACAGAGUCAUCGAGGCCGAGUUCAAAUCAGAGCACGACGGAAACUGUUUCAAGUCAUACCAGUACUGGACAUAGCUUUGGCUGUGGUGCUCAUAGUCCGAGCCACCGGGGCGAUUCUAAGCCACACGCUCAGGUUUCUUCUGCCCCUAUCUUACCGACACAUCUCGUCCCUCCUGCACUAGCUACAGGAUUCAAACCCUCCACGUCUCUCGCCAGUACUUCACCCACAUCAGGACAUUGUGGAUGCCCUUCACAGCUUCUCGGACAUCACCUACCCCACAUUGCAGAUCCUGCAAGUAUUUCAAAGGAUCAUGCCGGACAUCUCUUAGCUGCAACCGCCGGUUCACCUUACGCCACCGCCUAUGCACGUGUGAAAACAGCUGAUGGAGGAACGACAUUGAUGCCUAUCUGCCGUGACCCGUACUGUUCACAUUGCCAAUCAGCCUCACUUGCAGCAAGUGCAGCAACAGGUGCAGCCUGCACACAGUGUAGACACGAUGGACUAUCUUUGAACGGAGCUGUUCCGUUCGCACUUCCCGUUCACGGUGCUUUUCCCGCAUAUUUCCAGUCAGGCAGUCCCACCGCCGCCGCCACGCCUUACCUUUACCCACCACCUCCAGUCCCCGCCCAAACCGAGCAUGGACACGUCUGCAACUGGGUUUCAGGCAACACGAGUUGUGGGAAACGUUUCGGCAGUGGUGAGGAGUUGCUGCAACAUUUACGCACACACACCAUGCAGUCGAACGAGUCGAUAAGUACGCCGUCUCCCUACGCCUUUGCUCAAUCGCUGAACGCUCAACUGAGUGCUUACUACAUGCACUACCCAGCCGCUGCACCCAUCCCAGGCUCAUACGGACUUUCAAAACCAGGGGUACCACAAUCACCCCUCAGCCCUAGUUCCCCGCUCAGAUACCACCCCUACAAGGCACCCAUCCCCACCUCCCUCGCCACUCUCCCUGGUCUCCCAGCAGGAGCUUACUACUCUCCUUAUGCUUUCCACGAUCUCAAAGGAAGACUUGCCGCAGCUGGAGUACCACACUAGCCAAAAACCAUCUUCAAAGUCGUUCAAAAACUCCUUAAACUGAACUGAAAGUAAUCUAUUAUGAUGUGUGUUCACUGUUUUAAGUUUUACGAGAUUUCUGUAUUCAGUUAAAAACCUGUUACAAAAUUCCAAGUACUUGAAAUGCAUCUUGUGUGCUUGAAAGGGCCACUUUAUAAAAGAAUUUAAGAUUACGUUUUUAUUCGAAAAGUACUAUUUCCUGUAAGAUGAGAACAUGAAUUGUAAGGCUCUAUCUCUAAGGGAAAAUAUUAAUGGUAUGAAGAGGGAAAUAUGAGUCGAACGUCCUCUCUCGAUUCGAGAAGGCAGUCGUCGGCUGCUGGGGAUACCACGCUGCCUCGCGAUGUAACGUGAUCCGCGCCAAGCGACAUUUUCGCAAAUAUUCAUCAGCAAAUUUCUCCCUAGUUCCGAUCGAUCAAAAAUACGGAUAUACUGUUAAGUUUUGUCCAUUUCAUUUGUUGAAUUUUAAUAUUAUUGAGUUUAAGUUGUGUUCAGUAGCUUCAGUUAUUCAAUAGAUACUGCAACCUUUGCAUGAAAUUCAAGGGAACACGCAAGGAAGGUUUUGUCAAAUAAAAAAAAAGGAAUGUAUUUUUCCACUAAGGAUGCGACUUGUCAGAACCGUUUAUCAGACAUUCAUUUAGCUAAAAAUGGAGGAAGAGCAGGCAGUGAGGAAUUAUUUAUGACAUGCAUUUCACACGGGGCCCAAGCAGUUGGGAUGUAACGUCUAUUUAUGACUGUGAGUAAGAGGGUGAGAUGCUAAACAGCAUCCUUUCAUAAGAAACUCCUUAUUCACAAAUCAGCCGCUUUCCUUUUUUCUCCGGCGCGCUCAUGAGUUACAGCAUAGACGUAAUAUGGUUACAGUCGCCGCGCAAACAGACCAGCCUAGCAAUUUAUCUUCCUCCCUGGCGCGGCGCUAGAGAGCUGAAGCUAUAUCAUGUUUGCAGGCCGAGCGAGGAAGGUGCCGUGUUGGCGAGCCGUAGCGAUCAUUUAUGCCCCUGUCAUUAGUCGCUUACUUCAGUUCCCCAUCCCCUCUUCCCCUCUUUCUUCAUCUCCUCUCCCCAUCUCCCUUUCUCUCUCUAUCGAAGCGAGAGCUACGCUUGGCUAGCACGCUGAUGACGGGGCGGGAUGAUUGAUACACCAGAAUGGGACAUGGUUUGGUUGAAUUAUCAUGGCCGGGUUGGAAGGAGACCUCACCUCAUCAAUCUGUAAGAAAGGUCCCGAGCUCGUGUCAAGAACAUAAAUCCGACUCGGUAUCAGAAUACUGAUGGCAUCGGGACGCGACGACUCGUUUUUUUAUCUCCUCUUUACCGCGCCUCCAUGUCAUGAAUCUUUUAAAACCUCCACCAUUAGGAAGCCAAUUAAUCACAAGUAUCUCUGCUCGAAACGAGCCGAGAGGAAAACGGGCUCCCAACUGCUUUGUUUCUGCCAUAAAUGUCAUCUUUUAUUAAUUACCUUCAAGCACUGUGUCCUCCUGCUUAAUAAUAGAGCAGCCUUAUUUACCCCAAAUCCUAAAUUGCCGGGCUUUUUGUUCCGUUUGUUGACAAACCAUCGAUACUUCCGACAGCCCGUUUAUCACCCUAAAAUUAAUUCAACUGAAUUACAUGUCGCCUUUAAUGCGUCACGCUCUUUCUUUCAGGAGACAAUUAGCCCUGGUGAGCCAUUAAGAUUGAUUAAUUACUGCGUACUGGAAAGAUAAUUAUUAUGCGUGUUCUCACUUUUAUGUGUUGACUAUUCUGUUGGUCGGAUUGUUAUAUUUAUGUGUGUAUGUAUAUACAACUCUUUUUCUGUAUAGAGAGGUUAAAAAUGAGCAGCCGUGUCAAAGUUAAUGUGGUGUUUUAUUGAUGUAUAUACAUGUACAGUUAAGAGAUAUUAAAAUAAAAAAGAUAUUCCAUGAUUUCAAAUUCAAA